AUGACUGACUUCGAGAGGGGCCUGAUGAACGCCAUCAGUCAAGUGUGGCCAUCGCCAGGAACUCAACACCAUGGAUGUUGGUUCCAUUAUUGUCAGUCAAUAUGGAGAGCAGUUGUGAGCUACGGUCUCGUGCAAGCGACUCGUGAGGACCCCGCUCUAAAGCGAGUUAUAAAACUCAUAAUGGCGAUACCACAUUUGCCUGCUGAAGCUGGUAGUAUCCACAGCAAUGAGGUUCCGCCAUUUUCAAUUGCUGAUGGACUGGCAGCUGUAAAACGUUUCGCCAGAGAGGAGAACCUGCUCAACGAAGCACUAGCGCAACCACAACUGUGUGGAAAGCUUCCAUGCGAAGUUGUGGCGGCUCUUGGACCACACUUGAAUAUCUUCGAAUUCAUUGGAGGUCUCCAGCGAAUCGAGCAGGAAUUCUAUUUCAAGCAGCUCAGAAAUGACAACAUCCUCGACCUGAAUAACCGUAAUCGCGGGAGGAUGGGUCGUUUAACUACGGCCGGAAUCGCUGACUCAAUGAACUUACUCGUUCGACGACAAAUAAGUUUGAUUGACUUUUUAAAAAGAGUCUCACAUCAGACUGACUCAUUGUUUGAUGUUUUCAACCACUCUCUACAAGCAAACGAGGGAUUAUUCGCGGAAGAACUGGAGGUUGACAUCAGAGAUGAGUGGAUAACUCUAGACGUCGAUGAGGAGGAGGACGAGGAAGAGGUGGUGGUUGUGGAAGAAGCUGCUGCCGUCCCAGCUGUUGCCGAGCCAGUCCCAGAAAGGUUGGUGCAACGAACACCUCGCGGCCGUGGCCAAUCGCGGGGUCGUCGUGGCCAGCAGCCAAGAGGUGCUCGUGGCCGAUCUCGUCUUCAACAGCGUGGGCAAGGAAUGAACAACCGGCACAAUUUCGGCCGCUGCACCAUCUGUUUGGACCUCGAGUCAACCCAUGCGGCGAUUCCAUGCGGUCACAUCUGCAUGUGCACUCGAUGUGCUAAUCUAAUAGACAACAUAAUCCACGGGACUUGA